AUGGUGCACCUACCCUGUACCAACGUUUUCCUGGGCCAAAUCUCGAAAAAGCUCCCUAAACUCGCCGCGCGCGGGGUAGUAUAUUUGUUAGGCUUAUUUAGACCCGCAUAGGUGCGAACAGCUCCGCCUUGCCGCGCUCGACCAGCGCCUGCGCGCGGUUUACGCUGAUCGCUUCCCUGACGACAUUCCACCGGUUGCCACCUAUCAAUCCUCGGUGCGACACCGUAUCGAGCUUGACAACCCGCGCACUGUGAUCAACCUGCGCGGCUAUCCGGUCGCCAAACGCCAUCGCCAGGCAUGGUACCUGCUGCUUCAAAAGCACCUCGCAAGUGGCCGUCUUCGCCCCUCACGUUCGCCGUACGCGUCGCCGGCGUUCAUCAUCCCCAAGAAGGGCUCGGAUUUGGACCCGACCAUUGCACCGCGAUGGGUGAACGACUACCGCCACCUCAAUCGGCACACCAUCAAGGACCGCACACCCUUGCCCCUGGCCGAUGACAUCCUGUCGACGUGCUCCAAAGCGCAGUUCUGGACCAAGAUUGACAUGACCAACUCCUUCUUUCAGACCAAGAUGGCGGAAGAGGAUAUAGCAAAGACCGCGGUUUCGACACCCUGGGGCUUGUACGAAUGGACGGUCAUGCCCAUGGGACUCUGCAACGCGCCCGCCACCCACCAGCGCCGCGUCAACGACGCCCUGCACGGAUUACUCGGCACCAUCUGCUUCGUCUACCUUGACGACAUCACCAUCUUCGCCGAUACGCUGGAGGAGCACGAGGCCCGUGUUUGCCAAGUUCUGGACGCCCUGCGCCGAGCCGAACUCUACUGCUCGCCAUCAAAGACCAACCUCGCCACCUCGGAGUGUGAGUUUCUUGGCCACAUCAUCAACCGCUCCGGCGUACACGCCGACCCCAAGAAGACCAAGCGCAUCCACGACUGGCAUCUCCCAGCGACCGUCACGGAACUGAAGGGGUUUCUCGGUUUGGUGCAGUACCUCCGCAGGUUCAUUCCGGGCCUUGCCGAGCAUACCGCUGCGCUGACCCCGUUGACAAUCAAAGGGCUGACAUCCAUCGACAACCUCUGGACAACUCCAACGGUCCGUCACUUCGAAGCCAUCAAGUCCAUUGUCGUCUCCCUUGACUGCCUACGCCCGCCCAACCACUCUGCCGAUGCCAUGCCAUUCUGGGUGAUGACCGACGCCAGUCUUCAAGGUAUCGGAGGUGUGCUCCUGCAGGGCUCGCAUUGGAAGACCGCACACCCCAUUGCCUACUGGUCGCGUCAAUACAUCCCAGCUGAACGCAACUACCCUACGCACGAGCAGGAACUCUUAGCUAUUGUCGAGGCUCUCAAGGAAUGGCGCAUUGAUCUCCUGGGCGGCCAUUUUCACAUCCUUACCGACCAUUCCACACUUGAGCACUUUCAGACGCAGCGCACGGUCAUCUCGCGACGCCAGGCGCGCUGGCUUGACACCUUGGCCGAAUUCGAUUACGACCUCCAGUAUCUCCCGGGCAGGGAGAACAUUGUAGCCGACGCGAUGAGCAGGUACUCCUUUCCCGAGCCACUUCCCGUCAUUGUGGCCAACAUUUCGCAAGUCUCGCUCUCGGAUGUCGUCAAGCAGCAAAUUGUCGACGCGUACAAAACCGACGCAUUCUGCCAGCAAGCCCUGAACAACAUCGCGUCGGUCGCAUCGGAGUUCAAGAUUAUUGACGCAUUGCUGUAUUUACGGGGCCGGCUUGUCAUUCCACUACUAGCCCCGCUCCGUGAGUCCAUCCUUCACGAUGCUCAUGACGCGCUGGGGCACCUAGGUGAUGUAAAAACGUACCAGACUGUUAUACAGACGUACUUUUGGCCGAGCAUGUCCCGCCACGUCAAGCAAUACGUGCAACAAUGUGACUCAUGUCAACGAACCAAGGCCCGUACCACUCGCGUCGCGGGCAAGCUUCACUCCCUUCCCGUUCCAGUGCGCCCCAUGACGGACAUCGCCGUUGACUUUGUCGGACCGUUGCCAACAAACAAGGGGUUCGACCGUGUCUUGACGAUCACCGAUCGACUGUCGGGAUAUGUCCGCCUCAUCCCUGCGCGCGAAGCCGACACAGCGGCGGAUGUUGCCAACCGCUUUCAUGAGGGUGGCAUCGUUUUUUUGGCCUGCCUCAACGCAUUGUCUCGGAUCGUGACAAGUUGUUCACGAGCAAGUUCUGGUCCGCCCUGCACAAGCGUCUGAACAUCAAGCUGCAACUUUCCUCGGCGUUCCACCCCGAGACUGACGGGCGCAGCGAGAAGACGAACAAGACCGCAUUCCAGAUCCUACGCUCGCUUGUCAACAGGGAACAAUCCAAUUGGGUUGAAUGUCUCACCGCUUGUGAGUAUGCCGUCAACUCAUCGGUCAACGUUUCGACGGGGAAGACCCCGUUUGAGCUUGUCCUGGGGUACACACCCACCCUCGCCCCGCUUGCCCCUAUUGAGGGCGACGAGGAGCUCCCAUCGGUUGAGGAGCUGCUCGCACUUCGCUUCCAGUCAUGCGAGGAGGCACGAGACCAACUCGCUGUGUCCAAAGUUCGUCAAGCCGCCCAAGCCAACAAGGACCGCGCGGAUGAACCUUCAUGGGCCGUCGGGGACCUUGUGCUGCUCGACUCAAGUGACCGCAGGAAGCGACUUCACACCCGCAAGCGCCGCGCAGCCAAGCUCAUGGACCGUUUCGACGGCCUUUAUCGCAUUGUUGCGGCGCAGCCAGGGAUCUCCACGUACACCUUGCAACUCAACAAGGACGAUUCCGCGGUACCGUUCUUCCACACGGGCAAGCUCAAGGCCUACCGCUCAAAUGAUUCGGAAUUGUUCCCAAGCCGAGAACCCGCGCGCCCGGGACCGGUGGACGUAGGUGGAGAACCCGAGUGGGUCAUCGAGGACAUCGUCGAUGAAAGGGUCCGAGCGGGGAAGACUCAAUAUUUGGUCUCUUGGGUUUCAUGGCCGUCGGAUAGCGAUUCAUGGGAGCCUGCCGAGGCACUGGAGGACACGGAGGCAUUGGACCGUUGGGAACAUCGGAACGAGGAAUGAGAGUGUUUUUUCAGAGGGGAGCUUUGUGUCAAGGAGGGGAGAGUGUAAGGCAAGGCCUUACGACGGGCCACAGGCAUUAGAAAUAGAGCUUGCGCGCGCCUAG